AUGUGCUCAGAUUCUGGAACAGUGAUUGAGGAAAGCGAUCUAGCGGACCACUUCAGCCUUCAGGAAAAGUCUCAUGCACAAGUAACCUCGUCUGAGCCGUCUUCUGCUUCGAUUCAAGACUCGGCUCUAUGGUCCCCCAGUCCGCUCUAUCCUGGAUUAGUCACCUCGCCUUCUUUGAAGUUUCAUUCGCACUUGCAACCAUACCCAAGCGGUAUAAGUGCCAGUCCUUCAACUGUAAUGAAUAGGCAGAUGGUCGAGGAGGCCAACUUUCUUGCGUCAUUCAUUCCUCAGUCAAGUCAUGGUACAUCUUUCCGUGACCCCUUCGACUCGCCGCAAUUGAAGGCUCAAGAUAAUCCGGAAGGUCAGAAUUGGGAAGCGAUUCUUCGAGACAGAGAGUCCAUUCCGACUCCUCUCAAAGAAGUGCUUUCUACAAGGUAUGAUCCUUAUGAUCCACCGUACGGUGUAGCGCAAUCUCCAGGCUCAUCGCAUGGAGAUUUCCAAGAUAUGGAAGCCCGCCGCCUAGAAACCAUCAUUUUAUCAACUGUAUCAGAUUCUCAGGCGCUGCAGCAAGGAAAUGCCACCGAUCAUGGUGACCUAAAAUGGGAAGAUGCUAUCCGAAAGAAGCAUCGUGUCAACUUUUCCAAGUAUCCAACGUCCCUAAAAGACUCCGAAAGUGAACGGGAGGCAUCGAGUCCUACUUAUCAGAUGUCUAGGAAUCAGCUCCAUCCUCCCUUCUUCGGUCCUGCACCACGUCGAACUAUGUUCGACCGCCGAGGGAACUUCAAGCUGGGGGACUCUAAGAUACGCGACUUGCUACGAAUUUUUCAAGGCCUGGGAUCCAUAAUAGGGUUUUCCAUCCUUACCAUAACUAGCAUUGCCGUUCAUCCAGACCCAGCGCCCCCACAACUCAAGUCACUACAGGUCUAUCUCUAUUUUCUCAUCUCGAUCCUAUGUUUGUCAUUGAGUGUAUGGCGUCUAUCCAAACGAUUGUGCGGAACUCCGCGCGAUUCUUCCGCGAGAGGGCGCGCCGAUGAGGAUGAUGGCUGGUCCUGGGGUCGGCGGGAGCGCGCAAAUUAUAACCGACGUCGUAGGAUAGAAUCGGGACUGCGUGAUUCCUACGGUUACAGAAGUACACCCCAAGCUAUAUCAGUCAAUUUCAUCGUCGAUGGGCGCGUCUUCGCGGGUGCAAGCCCCAACAUAACAGAGUCACCGAAUACGUAUGGCCAAUCAUUGUUAUCGCUGGAUCGUCGAAUGGACAGACCGGGAAUCGCCGAUCAGUCCAAGUCAAGAUGGGGGGAUUGGCACGAAACACUCAUGGUGGAUAACCAAUUCCAUCUCAGCAAUAUGAGCCCACAAAAGCGGCACAUGUUCGGUCUACAAUGGUAUGAAAAAGCUCGAAAGCUCAAACAGGAUUCUUGCCUGGAUGUUCUCUUUGCACUAAUAUGGUUUGGAUGGGCUAUCUGGACAAUCGCAUUUAAAGACAAGUGUAUGAUAGGUUCUUUUGAAGGGUGGUGCCAUGCGUACAACACGUCGAUUGCCAUAGCAGUCAUUGUUGCCUUAUCAUUUUUGGCCAAUGACUCUUUUUCCAAACAUUGGUUAGGGAGAAGCCAUCAGUUUGCGACUGCGGAUCAAGUGGAAUGCAACCCCAAAUUUGUUCUCCUGAUAGCUGAUGACACUUUCAUAAUCAAGCAAUGUCUGCUCAAGGCGAGCUCCGGGGCGUACGUGGUGGAGACUGACGUGGUGACACCCCUGUCUUUCGGAGGCGUCGUGGCGGGCUGGAGUAAAACUUACCUCAGCGUCCAAGACUGGCUAGAUUCCGGCCAAAAUUAUCAAUGUGUUGGUUACUAA